UCCACAUCCAGCAUCUAUCAGGAACUAUGGUGUGUGCAGGUGUGCUGAGGGGACUCAUCUUGUUCUGUCUCUUCUUCUCUGGAGUCUGGGGUGUGGAAAAAACUCUGGACCAGAAUACUCUCGCACCUGCCAUUAAGUUUCUUCGCCAAAACUAUCAACCGGGACAAAACCAGUAUGCCAUAGCCUUCAACGCGCCUGUAGAUAAGUGUGCUGACUACCUCGACAACAACUUCCUCAACAGAUAUCCUGGUCGCACUGUGAAGAAUGCUCUUAACAGUGCUGGACGUCUCUACAAGGGUCAAAAACUGAUUGCAGCUAGACCAAAGCCCAUUCCAGACACAAAAGUAAACCAACAUUCAGAGUAUCUUCUCAUGAAUGUACCCAGUGUAGAUACGUCUCCCAUGAAAGAACUGCUAGGUAAUGACAACACAGGAUGUGUGGUGUUCUAUACUUAUAAUUCCCCUUGCACAAGUACCUGCACCAAACCUGGGGGCUGCUACAGUAUCAUACAGGCUCUAGACAUGUUCAAGGACCACAAGGGUCCAAAGGCUUUUGUCUUUACACAGGUAUGGAAGUAUGAUUGUGACAAAGAUAUUUCCACCAACCUUAAAGAAGUCCUAGAGCGUGUCCCCCUCUAUCGUUGUAAAGAUAACAAUAAUUGUGUUGCUUGUACAGCCAACAAUCUUAAAGACUGCAUGUAGUCACAAGAGUCAGGACUGGUGAGAACAGACUGCUUGGAAAAUGUGAUUGCUAGGUCACACAAUGAACACAGAGUCUAAAAAAUGUUUAGAAGACAAGCCUAGCAAUGUCAGAGAGACUUGUGCUGUAUUGUCUGAAGAAGUGCAAAGUAAUGUUAAACCUUUCCACUGUCUGGAUUGCAUUUAGCUUUUUUUUUUAAUUCUUCAAUAAGCAAUAAUUCCUCUGUAUUCAGUCUUAACAAACGUGUUGAUGAGCUCACUGAAAUAUAUUUUCUCUGCAAUUUGUGUUUAAUUCAUGACUAAUAAAGAUAAAGACCCAUAAAAAA